AGAUGAACUUGUUGGCAAUAGGCCGCAUAAUUUGUAAGCUAAAGAGAACGGGCUCUUAAAGAAGAAGGAAAAGAAGAGAAGAAGACGACGACGACGAUGAUGAGGAGGUCAUUUGGAGGCAACGGAGGAAUGGGCGGCGGUGGGGGGAUGCUAAGGACGGUCCAGAGAGCAGUGAAGGCCAGCGUCGGCGGUGGAGCGGCUUCCCAGGACCCCUUCGCUCAUUCCACCGCCACUGCCAACUCCAACUCUCCCACUACUGCUACUUACAAACCCACAACCUCGGCCGCCCUCUCUCUCUCCUCUUCCUCUCCCUUUCCUUCCUCCACCAUUCCGAUUUCCGCCACUACCACUCUUCCCACUUGGCCCUCCUCUCCCUCCGCCAGCGAAGAUUUCGACUGGGAAUGCGUCGACGGAAGCGAAUUCGGACGGCUUCCUCGCCCUUUUCGUGAUGAUUUCGUUUUCGGCACAGUUCCUUCGGCGGACGAAGUCCAAAGCGCAGUCGUUGCUCUUCAGCAACUUGCUCAUAACCCAGCUAAGGGUAUUGCCAAUAAAGUAACAAACUCAACUGAUCUGGUUAACAGAGCUUCUUCGGCUGGGACAGAGUUAGAUUGGAUUGAGCCGUCGCUCCAGCUGCAUAAUCCAAGAAUGUUGCAGCCUUAUGGAACUAACAGAGUUUAUGAUGCUUUCCAUCUACUGCAGACUGAGCCUUGCAUUCAGAGGAUGGUAAUUUCGUUGUCGUCUGAUAAAGCUGUUUGGGAUGCUGUUUUGAGCAAUGAGGUGGUAAGGGAGCUUAGAGAAUCACUAAGUGAAGCGGGCAGCGACGUUCCUGAGAUUGUAGGUGACGGGUCAGAUGCCUCUGAUGCAUCAAGAAACGUGGUACUCUGGAUUUUCAACAAGACUAAGGCAAAAGUGAUAGAGCUAAUUGAGAAACUGGCGAGGGUAAUGAACGAUCUGUUUCAGACGCCAAAGGGCGACUGCAAGACGAUGGGGGGAGCAGAUCCUUUUGAGGAAAAGCUCCGGGCUUCCUUCCUGCUGUCAAUCGUGGUCCUCUUGAUCGUGGUCGUGAGCCGAGCCCAUGGGGUGCCAUCUUAAUUCGACGACACCACAAAGGGUCAAGUUACCUGAAUCGACCUUUCGAUUGAUUAAUGUGCAAGGGAGGAUCCUUUAGAUAAAGAGUUGAAAUGGUAAUUUGGCUGGUUCUUGUAAGGCAAGCAGACGUUCGUUGUUUGUUGUUUGUUGUUUUUUGUUGUUUGUUGUGGAUUUCAUUUCACCACCCUUUAUUCUUCGUCGUCUUCUUCUUCUUC